GAGACAUGAAUGAUUGUGAAUGGCGAGCCACGAGGCAAAAUAUUUGCAAAAUCAGAGUAUUUAUUGGUGGAGGGACAGAGCAGUGGCAGCUCCUUCCUUUGUCAUGCCGAAGAUGGCCAAGCUCUCUGGCGACAAUGACCUUCUCCGGUUGUCCGGGAGGCGCAGCGUAAUCCUCCUGGCCAUCUCUGUUCCUCUUCUACUACUCGUUAUCUGUUUGGCUCUCUUUCUCCAGCCCUCCGGCCACUCCGCCGUCUUCCUCAGCCGCAAGUUAUCCGCUGCAAGCGGUUCCUCCUCCUCUUCGCUUUCCUCGUCCAGCGAUAGAUACGCCGUGAUCUUCGACGCUGGCAGCUCCGGCAGCCGCGUUCACGUCUUUCGCUUUGACAAGGACUUGCAGCUCGUUCCGAUCGGCGACGAUCUCGACCUUUUCAUACAGGUAAAACCAGGACUCAGUUCAUAUGCGAAAGACCCCGAGGCUGCGGCAGAGUCUCUGCUUCCUCUCUUAACAGAAGCCCAGAAUGCUGUUCCCAAGGAGUUGCGGCACAACACUCCGGUUAAAGUUGGGGCAACUGCAGGCCUGAGGUUAUUGGAAGGUGAUACAUCUGAGAAAAUUCUGCAAGCGGUCAGGGAUCUUUUAAAGGCUAACAGCAGCUUGAAAUACGAGGCUGAUUGGGUCAAAGUAUUGGAUGGAAGUGAGGAAGGUUCUUAUAUGUGGGUGAGCAUAAACUAUCUAAUAGGGAGUUUGGGUAAGAAAUUCUGGGACACAGUGGGAGUAGUUGAUCUAGGAGGUGGAUCUGUACAAAUGGCCUAUGCGAUCUCCAGGAGAGCUGCUGGAAAGGCACCACGUGGAAAUGUUACCUACGUGCAGAAAAUGGAUCUCGCAGGAACAAAGCAUUACCUUUAUGUUCAUAGUUACUUGAACUAUGGUUUGUUAGCAGCUCGAGCUGAAAUCCUCAAAGUUAAAGGUUCCGGAAAUCCAUGCAUCUUGGUUGGAUAUAAAGGGUCAUAUACAUAUGGAGGUGUUACUUAUCCUGCAUCGGCUUCUGCAUCUGGUUCAAGCAUGAACAAGUGUAGGUCAAUAGCCAUCAAGGCUCUCGGAGUCCAUGAAUCAUGUCCACAUAUGAAAUGCACGUUUGGUGGGGUGUGGAAUGGUGGUGGUGGCCCUGGACAGAAGAAUCUCUUUGUUGCUUCAUUUUUCUACGAUAGGGCCAGCCAGGCUGGUUUUAUUGAUUCAAACAAGACUUAUGCCAAAGUUCGUCCUGUUGAUUUCAAGAAAGCGGCUAACCGUGCUUGUAAAACAACUCUGAAGGAUGCCAAAUCUAUGUAUCCGAACGUGGCAGAGGAUGACCUUCCAUACUUGUGCAUGGAUCUCACCUACGAGUACACUCUGCUUGUUGAUGGGUUCGGUCUGCAUCCCCUAAAGGAGGUAACAUUGGUGCAGCAAAUCAAGUACAAAAAAUUCCUGGUUGGAGCAGCAUGGCCGUUAGGCAGCGCCAUUGAUGCCGUGUCAUCCCUGACCUAAUUAGUAAGGAAUAUUGAGGUAAUCUGAUUGCUGUCAAUAAAUGUAUGUUUGUAUGGCCUGUAAUUUCACUUGCCUUGCUCAAUAAUAAGGGCCGUUUAAUUAA